GAAGCGAAAGUAAAAAUUGAAAAAACCCGACGCACAGUUUCACGUUCACGUUUUGUCUCGCUGCAGAAAACGAGUUUCGACCUGAAAUUUUAGACUUUUUUACGAUCUUACUAAAUAUUUUUGAACUUUAAAAAGAAACGAUGCUUCACAAUUUGAGCCAACACGAAACCGGAGGAUUCAACUUCGAAAACAGUCGCAGGAAUGCUGUGCUCGAGUCCAGUCUGUCUCAAAACGGACUCAAAGCUCCGAACCCGAGGAAAACUGGGACCACCAUCGCAGGACUAAUUUACAAGGAUGGGGUGAUUCUUGGUGCAGACACUCGGGCCACAGAUGACAUGGUGGUCGCCGACAAGAACUGCAUGAAAAUCCACUACAUCGCACCCAACAUAUAUUGCUGUGGGGCGGGUGUAGCAGCAGACGCUGAAAUCACGACUCAGAUCAUGGCGUCGAACGUGGAGUUGCACAUGCUGAACACCGGGAGGCCCCCUCUCGUCGCCAUGGUUACACGUCAACUCAAGCAGAUGCUCUUCAGGUACCAGGGUCAUGUGGGCUCCUCUUUAAUCGUUGGAGGGGUGGAUGUGACUGGACCUCAGCUCUACAGCGUGUAUCCUCACGGCUCGUACGACAAACUGCCCUUCCUCACCAUGGGCUCUGGGGCUGCGGCGGCUGUGUCUGUGUUUGAGGACAGGUUCAAACCAAACAUGGAGCUGGAGGAGGCGGAGCGUUUGGUACGAGACGCCAUCGCCGCCGGAAUCUUCUGUGACCUUGGAUCAGGAAGUAACGUGGAUCUGUGCAUCAUCACCGAGAAAGGAGUGGAGAUGAAGAGAGGAUACGAGAUAGCGGCUACAAGAGGGGAGAGAGAGGGGAAUUAUCGGUACAAACGUGGGACCACGGCAGUUCUCACCAAAACCAUCACCCCACUGAGUCUAGAACUGGUCCAGGAGUCGAUCCAAACCAUGGACCAAGACUGAACCACAUAUUAAAACCAUCUACAGGUCUACACUGCAGCUGAUACAUUCUACUGUCUCUGGUGAUACUAAAAUGAAAUAAAACGUGAAACUGAAA